AUGCGCAUGCAUGAAAAAGGUCAGACGCUCGGAAAAGAAUUGACUGAGCAAAGAACGCUUGAUAACUCUAUCUUGCCAUAUAGCACUUCUCACUUCAUGUCUUUCAGACACAGGACGCUGGAGGAAUAUACAAUGUCAUGCGGUACAGAUGUAAACCAAGAAUAUUCGGAAUCUGACAGUUCUAUAAGUGACAUGUCUAUAUCAACAGAACGAUCAGUCUCUCCAUAUACAUCAAGCAGCGACACCCCUCCACCGCCAAGUGUAGAAUAUUCACCGGUAAUCAGAUCACCUCCAAAUGCCGACGUUUCAACAGAAACUGCACCCUCUAGCGGUGAUUCUUUAUGUAGCCGGGAGACGGAUUCAACCAAAAUAGAGCUUCUAGAUUCAUCUAAUGUAGCAUGUACUGAUGAAGCUGACGAAAAUGAAAAGACAAACAAACUGCCAAAGAAAAACUCUAGAACCAACUUCACAAACGAACAAGUAAAGGCAUUAAUGAAAAUAUUUCACGAAACACCAUACCCUGACUCAGAAAUGAUGGAAAACAUUGGAAAAGAUUUGAACAUCACGGAAAAACAGGUUAAGAUCUGGUUCCAGAACAAAAGAGCAAGAUGGCGUAGGCGUGUAAGUGACAACAAGAACAAUAAUGUCCAGUCUUUCCUUCCUACAACGGCGAUGUCAUAUGGAUACAUGCAAACAGGACAUGUGAUGACAUCAUAUCCAUUUCAGAAUAUUCCAGGCUACAUGAGUUAUCCUUGGAUUCAGGGGUAUGCUGGUCAUAACUUUAUGAGUCAGCCUUUAACGGGACAAAAUUUAGCCAAUCAAAUUCCUUAUCAGACUUCAAAUCAGAGCACGACAUUAACGAAUUUUGGUUCUACCGGUAUUAGCGCGAAUUCAGCACUUACUACCAUGUCGUCUGCCCAAUACGGGCAGCAGAAGUCACCAAUGCAACACAGACAAUCGUUCCAAUAUCCGGUUUUUGAAAAAGAGCUUAAGUCAAUAUGGGUGGCUAUUGAUGAUAGGGCAAAGAAGGUAGAAGAGCGAGUGGCUAAAAUGGAGGAUAAGAUUGAAAGCACAGACAUAAGUUCAGCCAUAUUAGCGGGUAAAGUAGAUGAACUUGAAAAGGCUCGGGGCAGUAUGAGAGAGGAGGUGUCUUAUCUCAAAUCUCAAUCAAUGAGGAAUAACCUCAUUUUCACUAAUGUACCGGAAGACAACUCCAGUGGUAACGAGACGACGGAAGUAACCGAGCGUAAACUACGGAAACACCUCCAGGACGCCUUGAAGGUUGCCAAGGAGACAGCUGACAGUAUUCGCCUCGAGCGAGUUCAUAGGUCACCAGGUCAACCCAUUCCUGGGAAAACCCGGACUAUAGUUGCCAAAUUUACAUUUUUCAAAGACCGCGAGCUUAUUAGAAGACAGUGGAAAAAAUUUGAAUGA